AUGGGAGCAUUUCAAGAGUCGACGAUAUGUUACGUCGGAUGGGACGGAUAUCUGCUGGCCCCGCGUUCGGGUGACUUCACAUUCAGCAUAGAGACAGACAGUGGAGUGCGCGUGUUUCUCAACCAGCAGCCAAUAAUAGUGGAUAGAAUGCUCCCGGCAACUGAGGCUGAUGCUGUCGGAGACAAGAUAGUGCCACUCACCGCCGUUGCGGGACACCCAGGGCGCCAUACUACCGAGUCGGUCCCUGUGGAGCUGACGGCGGGAGAGAAAUACAAACUCCGCGUAGAGCUAGUACACACCAGUCACUUCAAAUACGAAAACGCGGACAGCGCCUACUUAAACGGAGAAAAGGCUUUCGCCGACAGUGGACAGUUCGUUGUCGCUGAUGUCCCACAGAGGUACCAGGGCAUGAAGAUGAUACGGGGCCCCUCUGACCCUGCAGUGGAAUGCUUCGAGUUCUCAGCCAACAUGCCCGUCAAUGUCUACGUUGCAUCACCUGUCGGAGCGACUCUGCCUCUCGCGCCAUCAGAAAAGCAACCAUGGACGGCUCACGACACAGGCGACGACCUCUCGGUUUACCGUGGAACGAAUCCUCUGAGCUUGGCACUUGAUAGCAGUCGAAUGAAGAUACGGAAAAUCAUUUUCCCUGAAGGAGGCCUCAUUUCCUUCAACGUCACUGACAAAGGGGUUCAGUUUUUGCUGUUUCUCGAAGGAAGGAAAGAGAAUGCUUUAUCGUGUGGAGGCCAGCAACAAGUGCUAUCUCUUGUCGGCGGUCCCACGUUUGCUGAGUGUGAGGCAUCAUCAGAGCUGUCAGAGGAAUUUGGCUGUCGGGCUGCCCUUAACGGAAAAAACAUGGAUGUAAAGAACGGGGUCCGGGCGGCUAUCUCCCAAAUGUACGUCAAUGGAGAGGAUUCCGGUGGCUCUUUUGAGUUCCUUGGGACGGCGUGCAGCCUCCCAGAAGAGGGAACCACCAAGGAAGAUGAAGCGCCCAAAAUUGUCAUAGACGACUGUCGGACGAACUUCUGGUCACUGUCCGUGCCUGAAAACGGGCGUUAUAGAGUGGAAGUUCAACUGGGAAAUCCCUGCUUGUCCACAGCUGCGAAUAACUACCUUCAAGUCAACGGCACACCUGUGGCACAGGGCGUGAAACUGGAGACGGGGAGAUUCUACGUGGCAAUAGCCGAUUUGGACGUUAAGGACAAAAUCAUUGUCCUAUCUUCCCUGUGCGACGCCACCGGCAACACGAAGGAGUUGUGUACGGACGCAGUAACAACGAUUCUGAAUGUGAUCAUUGAGAAGAAAGAGUAG